AUGCUUGAUUGUAACGAAAUGGCAGGAGACUCACAAGCGCGGUGCCUGGGCUGCUAUGGCCCGGGCUCGACAUUGCAGAUGUUUCAGUAUUAUGGAGGGCAACGGAAAUUGCGACAGAGUUUUCGAAUGGGACUAACGCUAAUGGUACUGCUUGCAAGCACAUCUACGCAGUAUGACAACCCAUCAUUUUUCUUCGCAGCUCGAGGCGUGCCCGUCCAGGCAGGCACCCCAGCAUCAGAAUGUGAGACAUCCACCAGCGGCACUACCACGUGCACGUGUCUCACAAAAGAUUCAAAAACCAAAGCCCUUUAUGCAGCGCUUUCAGAAGACACAAAUGUGCUGCAGGUGAGCUGCCAGAGGGAACUACAUUGCGCUCCCGACGACCUGAGCGGCCAGAAGGUCUGCCCAGGAACCACAGAACAGCUGCAUGAAUGCACAUCAGCACCCGGCAGUCCUACAUGUAUCAACGUCAAUUCCCUUCUCACCAGCUCUGAAAGCAGCGUCACUUGGGAUACAGUGCCCGAAACUGAGGGAUACACUACUAAGAAGCUAACCAUCCCGACUGAGAGGUUUCCGUUCACUGACAAAAAAUUUGUUGUCGGUUGCGUCAGCAAUGGGAGGAGCACAGACCACUGCAAAGUGACUGUAACGGUGGCGGCAAGAGCAACUGCAAAGAACGACCAGACCGUCACGUGUGCUUACGGAGCAAAUAGCAAUAAGGAGCCUCAGACCAUCACCCUGAGCCCCUCGCAAAACACGUUCACACUGGUUUGCGGAACUGACGGAGAUAUUCUGCCGAGCACGUACCAGAAAAAGUACUGCGGUAGCUCAGAAAACAAUACCACCAGUGCGUGCGAAGAAAAAGACUACACCUCGAUCAUCACGACAUACCAAGAGACAUGGUGGCAGAACCCCGAAGGAACAGACGCCUAUAUACUGGAGAUUCCACCGAACGAUUUCCCGGCACAGUCCGCAAAUAUUGUGGUCGGGUGCACAAAGGCAGUCCCUACGGCAUCGAAAGCGGAUGGGGACCCUAGUGAAACAGUUUCGUCGAGUGUGUGUAAAGUUGUGGUGACGAUUGAGGCUUUGGCAAAUAGUUCGUCUGCAACAAUGUCCGGGGUGAUGGCUUCCCUGGCUUUGGGAGGAGUGGCGUUCAUUGGUGUGUUGGCGCAUGCUAUGUGA